CUGCCCGUAGCCAGGCCCCGGCCCCUCCCUGCCGACCGGCCGCGUUGCCCGGGCAGCCUCGGCCGAGCUGAGCCGGGGCGGUGAAGCGGCGGAGCCCCCCCCGGCCCCGGGGCCUUCCCCUCCGCGGAGACCUCGGGCAGCCAGGACGCGGGGGAGCGCUGCGCGGGGCGCCCUGCUGGAGCCGGGUUCGGAUUCUUCUCCUUGGCCGGUUCCCGAGGACACAUCAGCACACACAGGCCCUGGUAACUGAAUUUGAAAAGAUCAUGCCUCUUCCAGAAACCAUGUUUUGUGCUGAGCAGAUCAAAAUCCCCCCCGAGCUGCCAGAUAUUCUGAAGCAAUUUACCAAAGCUGCUAUCAGGACUCAACCUCAUGAUCUUUUGCAGUGGUCAGCUGCGUACUUCACAGCGCUGUCAAAAGGAGAAGCCCUUCCUGUGAAGGAGAGGGUGGAAAUGCCUUUAGCGAAACAGAAAGAAGAUGCUGGUUUGACCCCAGGGCUCCUUAAAGUCUUGCAUAAACAGCUUUCUCCUAAGGGUAUGGUUAGUGUAGAAGAACUGAAGGAAAAAUGGAAAAACCUGUGCUUGCCCGAGGAGCAGCUGGAAGCUAUCCUGCAGCUGGACGUCCAUGAUGAAGAGGUGGAGUGGAUGAAGAUCCUGGCACUGGGGUGCAGCGUGCUUGGUGAGUCCUUGCUGAGUUCGAUGAAGCAUGCCUGCGAAAUUUUAACGGAGGACCCAGAAGGUGGAGCGGCUCGCGUUCCCUUCGAAACAUUCUCCUACCUUUACUCCUAUUUGGCCAGUAUCGAUGGAGAGAUACCGGAUGAGAAAAUUCAGGAGUUCCUCAGUGGAAUUAAAGAACAAGCUGACCAACAAGAUGGCAUGGUACAGCUCAGAAACUUCCUGAGCCAGCCUUCAACACUGUUUUGAUCAAGCCUACCCUUCUGGACCAGGUUAGGGUGGAAAAAAUAAACAGGAGUAAGUAGCAUACAAGAAGAUUCUUUUCUGCAGGAUUUUUUCUUUUUUUUUUUUUUUUUUUUUUUAAAUUACCCUUUAUCAGAUGUUAGUUGUAUGGUCAUAUUGAUUUCCUGCCUCUUAAAUAGAUGUAGGCACCUUGAGAGUGGUAUUUUGACUCGUUUGUUUAUACACAGUGAAAUGUAUUUUGCUAUGAAUCUUUGUCUGUACUUCAUAAAGACAAAACUACGUGUAGAGAAGACUGGACAGCGACAAGUGGUGCAUUUCUCAUUAUCCUUCUGUAAAGCACUGAUUUUUUUUAUUUUAUUUUUUUAACUGGUGUAGAUUGUCUUUUGACUACCUGGUCUGCAAAUUAGUCUGACAAAGAUGAAUAAAAUCAGAGAGAGGCUGUACUAAACUCAAA